AUGUUGUACAUGCUACGAUUGCGAUCCAACUUUUUUACUGGACAUAUUUCCCGACAAUUGUGCAAUCUUGGCUACCUUCACAUCCUCGACCUCAGCCACAACAACUUUUCAGGUACUAUUCCCAAAUGUUUCAAUAAUUUGACUUCUCUGGUCCGUGAUGAUUCCAAAGAAUCAUAUCGAAUCUAUAAUGAGCAAACCAUGCUGACAUUAAAAGGAGAAGAACUCGUGUAUAACACCACUCUGAUGCUGGUAAAGAGCAUUGAUCUUUCAUCAAAUUUUUUGGAAGGUGAAAUCCCUCAAGAGAUAGGAAGCCUCACUUUAUUGGGUACCUUGAACUUGUCGAGAAAUCAGUUGACUGGUAAGAUCCCCUUGAAGGUUGGAAAUAUGCGUGGGCUUGAAACUCUUGAUCUCUCAAACAACCGUCUUUCAGGACAAAUUCCUCAAACCCUUGCAUCUCUAACAUUCUUGGCGCACUUGAAUUUGGCUUACAACCACUUGGUGGGGAGAAUUCCUUUGGGCAACCAAUUUCAAACGUUCACUGAGCCGUCCAUUUAUAUGGGCAAUCCAUCAUCGUGUGGGGUUCCUCUUCCAAGAAAAUGCCCCAAAGAUGACACUUUUACUGCUACAGAUGCAAAACCCAGUAAUGAAGAUGGAAGUGAUAAGUUGUGGUUCUAUGUCACCAUGGUACUUGGCUUUGUCGUGGGCUUUUGGGUUGUUUGUGGUACAUUACUCGUGAAGAAAUCGUGGAGGUAUGCAUAUUUUCGAUUUUUUGACGACACCAAAGAUAAGGUAACACUAGCAUUUGCGGUGAAAGUAACUCGUUUGCAAAGAAAGUUUUGUCAUGUUUAA